AUGAAUAAUUACUUCCAACAAAAGAAAAGAACUGUCUCUCUCUCAAACCCAAAAUCAACAAAAAAACACAAUCCCAUACUCAACAACUCCUUUAAUGAUCGUCGACAACACUUUAUACAAUCUCUCGACCCUGCCUUUGCCAAUUGUAUGAUUUCUCCUCUCUAUUCAAGGCUUGCUCAAUGGGCUCUACCCUACUCCCAAAAUACCAAGAGAAACCACCAAACCCAUCACACUCUCCAAGUUGUACUCCUCAUUCUAUAUAGAUUUCUAACCAACAACCAAAGAAUCCAAUAUAUUGUUGAUGAUUUCUCGCAGUCCCAUCUCCCUAGAGAAUUAUACGCUGAAUGUCCCAAAAUUAAAUUAAGAGAAAGAGACCAAUCUUUGGAAGGUCCCUAAUGGUCCUAUGAGAACAGGCCCAAGUUGAGGAAAGAUCAAGUCGACCAAGCAAAUUAAUAUAAUAAAAGUGUUAUAGACGAUGCCGCUAAAGAUAUGACCAUGGUCUAUUUUCCAACCUGGAAAACACCCUCCAAAGACAAAUGGAAAACUGACAGAGGAUUUCUCACUACCGUUAAUCCAAAGUCAGCAGAACCUCAAUUUUAUAGCGAUGUUUACAUCGAAGGCUUUGAGGCUUUGGGAGACAUUUCAAGAAAAUUAGAUAAGGAGGAACCAAACACCAAGGAGUUUAGAACCACCAACAAAUCCACCCUUGAACCCUUGGCCUCUAUUUCAAUCAGAAAAGCCAUGUAAGAUAACAUUUACAAUAAAUUAUAACACUCAAGCUUAAAUCCUUCUGAUAUCAGUACCAAUACUAAAUAUCCUAAAAUUUAUAAUAAAUCUAUAAGGCAAUAGAUCAUCUCUAUUGCAAAAAAGUUUAAAGAAGAUGAUUGA